UAUGAUUUGCUAUGUUCAAUUAUAUCUAAUGGUUAUGAUAAUUCGAAUCAAUGGGUUAGUCAAAAAAGCCUCUGCCAAUACUCUACCAAGUGGAACAAGAGAUGAAAUAUUAACAAUGAUUCAAGAUUGGAUACAAAGAAAUAAAGUUCCUCAGGGUGAAAGAGUCUAUCAUCUCAAUAUGGACACACAUGGAAAUGGUGCUUUUGAUACUAAAGGUACAUCCAAUGGUGGUAAAGAAUCAGUUUGGUCAAACAGAGUAAAACUGAAAGACGACAAAGCCAACUCUCCCAAUCGCAGUAAACGCAAAUGGAUCAAAUUUAAACAACCAAAGCGUUUUCCUGGUUACAGAUAUUACGGAUCAUUCAAUCGUAUUACACCAGAAUUAUUGGAUCCAUUUCUCAUCAACCAUGAUAAUCAGUUGCAAUGGAGUGAUCUAAUUGGAAAUAAUAACAACCUUUUUGCCAAUGGAUUGCCUUAUUUACCAUCGGCUGAUCAACCCAUUGGACAUCAACUUUUUCAUGGCAAACUUUUCGAUGACUACCGUAGUCUACUUGGGCAAAACUAUCACCUAACCAAAGGACAUCAUGAACCUCAUCACCCAGACAAACAGGAGCAUAAACACGAUCAUAACCAUAACCAUAAUCACGAACACAAACAUCAUUAUCACGUAACCAAAACAAAAACGAAGCAUAUUCACCAUGUAACCGUUCCAAUUCCUUAUCCAGUUCACAUCAAAGUUCAAAAGCAUCACAAACAUCACCAUCAUGAUCACAAAAGCAAUCAAAAGGACAUCAAACCUUGGUUAUUAAUUGCUGCUAUUGGGUUACCACUUUUACUGGGCGCCUUGUUGCUUCCUUUGGCUCUUUUGUUUCUAACAACACUUGUCACACUAUUCGCAGCCUUAGCCGGUGGCGGCGGUGCAGGUGGAAUAUUUGGAAACGGUGGUUUCGGUGGAGCCACUCUUAUACCCAUUACCACGACGACUACAGGAGGUAGACACAGACGGUCAACGGAACUCAAAAUUUACGAUAGCCAAUCAUUGGAUGCUUUAUACAUUCUCAUUAUGGAGGGUAUCUAUUCAAUGGCAUCAAACCUUCAAAAUGAUCAUUACCCAGCCUAAUCACUAAUGUACAUCUCAACCAGCAAUUUAUUUAUCCACUUAUUUAUUUAUUUAUUUGUGUAUUAACCCCUAAAUUAUUGGAUGUCAUUACAUGAAAUGUUUC